UAUGGAACCCUUGAUAGAUUGUUAGUCCUUCAAUCGACAUUCAUCCAACAUGUGUGUAUUAAUUUCAAUAGGGAGACGGUCCAUUUCCCUUCUUCCAGGAGGUCGAACGGGUGUCGGUCACCCAAUUUAAAACACAUCAUAUUUUUUUGGAAGUCGAGUAUUGGAGUUCAAGCAACAUGGGUCUACUGCAGGAUGUUCGAAUCGCAUUAUGUUCCUCAAGCUUCUUGUGUCUUUCCGUAGGGAACACCAGACUUGACUGGUGCCAAGUAGGACGGGUUAGCUUUUCCGCGGGGAGCGGGCAAGUACAACAAAUGCAACUCAUAUGGCUUUUCCAUCGAAACUGAGGGGGUCAGAUCGAGGUUUGUGAGGCAAACCGGCUGGCAGUUUACUAUAUAUCCCAACCACUCCUAGUGAUCUCUAAGGCUACCUUCGACAGAUCUGUAGGUGUUUCAAUGCGUGGAGUGUUUAAACGAGGCUUAUGUUAUACGAGUGAAUUGCGAAACCAGUCAGUCUGCUUCCUCCCGGUAGAGGGAGUUGUCAACGUAUGUCACCGUUCUAUGUUGUUUUUUGUUGGCCCAUGGUGAACUCUCCGAAGAUCCUGAUAUUGAUCAAUCAAUGGCCAUUCUUAUUGUUCUCUUUUACCACAUCUAAACACCCAAUGAAUGGCUCAAAGUUCACCCCAGGUCGACCCCACCACCCUUCCCCUGCCGUUUUUUCUUCCGCCGCUGUCCCUCCGUCGCUCCGCGUGGCUCCGCGUGGCGCGUUGGCAGCUCGCUCGGUGCGCUCCGGUGGGUGACCUCGACCCAUUCGCAGCCGCACGCGGGUGACCCGCAGGGGAACCCCGCGCACCGCCGGUCCACGAGAGCCGGUCCGCGAUGGUGCUGCUGAGCUUGGAAGAGCUCACGGAGGCGCAUAGCAAGUCACAAAGGCUUUUGGAGAGCCUGCUGCAGAUCCCCAGCCUGUUGGCUGAUGAGGAGGCCUGGGCCUCCCAGAAGCGGGGCCUUUUCGCACUGCUUCGUCGCGGCUUUGUUGAUUGCAUCACGAAUGGAUGUCUUGAGGCGCCAAUCUUCGGAAAUCGACAGAUUGAAGCUGCCUUCCUUUUCCUCUUGACCUUGGGUUUGCGCUCAGAGCGACGAAGACAGAAUGUGCUGCUGUGCUUCCGCUGCCUCCGCGACUCGGAGAGUUGGUCCAUGGCGCUGCGCGGCUCCCGGCGCGUGCUGGAGCUCCUCAAGGAGCUACCGGAGGAGUUCCGCGACGAAGUCCUGGAUGCCGCCGGGGCAGCGGAACUGCUGUUGCUGCUGGGGCAGAAGAAGAAGAAAAAGAAGAAGAGUGCUAAGACCGAGGGCGCCGGGGCGACGGAUGAGGCGCCGACGGUGCCGGCGCCAGUGACGCCGGAGCCUCCCGAGCUUGACGCGCCUGUCCCACAAGAGGACGCUUGCGAUGUCGAAGUGUCGGAGGUCUUCGUGAGCGCCAGCCGCACCUGCCCAGAGGACUUUUUGGCCGAAAACUCCCACUCAUUGUCAAUCUCGGACAGCAGCACCAGCUUGAUGCCGCGUGCGAGCUACACCUGUCCCGAGGAUUUGCUCACCGAGCCUUCGUUGUCCAUUCACAGCCCAGAGCCUCUAGAGCCUGCAGAGGUGCCGAAACCUCCCUCUCCAGCGCUGCCGCGCGAAGCGGUCGACCGCAGGCCUCCACGCCCGGAGCCGCAACAAGCAGCGAUUUGGGCACCGCCCACACCCACACCCACGCGGCAGCGAAACUUUGGGGGAUGGGUGCAGGAAAGUCCAGCUUCGAAGCCUCGGCGCCCAGGCGAUGCCCGGCGGAAGAAAGACUUUGAGGAGCUGGGCCCAAGGUGCCCCAAUGGCAAGCCCAUGACUCGGGAACUGAUGAUCAAGGAGGGCCAAAAGCGCCGCAACUCGGAGGGCAGCCGAACUCCGAGCCUCCGCCGAUUCCUGUCCAGAGGUGGAUCCUCACCACAAAGUGGUGCAGACACGCCCAGUGGGCUCAUUGGCAGGCGAGGCGCUUGGACGUUCUGCAGCUAACUCGGUGGACGGAGCGAUGUCCACCACGAGCGUUGACAUGAACACCUGAACAUCCCAGACGCGACCCAUGGGACGGACUGCCGAGAAAAGGAUGAAGCAGCUUCUUCCAACCAGGGCCCCCAGCCCUGCCAGCGCCAGCCGACCCACCGUCCCGGGACGCAUACGAGAUUUUGGUGGAGAUCGCUUCGGUGUCGUCUUGGGCGGGCAGAAGGAUUAACAACCUUUUCAACAAGAGGAGGCAGCCUGCUGAGGUGCGAUUCUCUGAGACUAUGUACAGCUCAGCCAUCCCACCUGAAAAGACUAACAUGUCCAACACCCGCCCAUUCUGUGCUGCCCUCAAGCUGCUAGCCCCAGGGAUCCAC